GGACUCGAUCAUCAAAGAAGCAUAUAGCUUCUCAGCAGAAGUUGCCUUCUAAGUUAUUUUCUUCCUCUCCUUCUAUUUAUUUAUUUUAUUGGGAGUUGGAGUUGCGCUUUCAGAUGCGAAAUUUUCCUUUGUGCCGAGGAGUACUUUUGUGCUGCUCGGUGAUCUUGCUUUGUACAAUAAGUUUCUGCUAUGGUAACGACCAGACCGUCGAGGUAGUUGGUGCUGGAGAAUGUGCAGACUGUGAACAGAGUAACAUUAAGAGUAGCCAUGCCUUUUCAGGGCUUCGCGUAACAGUUGAUUGUAAGGCAGCAGAAGGACAUUUCAAAACAAGAGGGAUCGGGAAGCUCGAUGAAGAAGGAAAGUUCCAAGUGUCACUUCCUCAGGAGCUCCAAAAAGACGGAAAACUGAAGGAGGAAUGCUAUGUGCAGCUUCACAGUGCGUCUGAUGCACCAUGCUCUACCCUCAAUGGCCUAGAAUCCUCGAAAGUAAUAUUCAAGUCCAAAGCCAAUGGAAAACACACCUUUGGGCUGGCUGGUAAACUCAACUUCUCCCCUGCAACAUGCACUUCAGCCUUACUGUGGCCUCAGUUCAAUUACCCACCACUACCCAAAUUGCCACCUUGGUCAAAGUUGCCAUCCUUUACCAAGUUCCCCCUUGUACAUUUCAAGAACUUCGGUCAUCCAUUCCCUUUCCCUCCUAAGGUCUUCCCCCCACUACCACCAAAGGUCUGCCCUCCCAUUUAUACGAAGCCUCUCCCUCCUCCGGUUCCAAUCUUCAAGGAACCACUUCCUCCUCCAGCACCUAUUUUCAAGAAACCGCUUCCUCCACCGGUUCCCAUAUACAAGGAGCCACUUCCUCCUCCGGUUCCCAUAUACAAGGAGCCACUUCCUCCUCCGGUACCUAUCUUCAAGAAACCACUUCCUUCUCCGGUACCUAUCUUCAAGAAACCACUUCCUCCACCAGUUCCCAUUUACAAGAAACCACUUCCUCCUCCGGUACCUAUGUUUAAGAAGCCGCUUCCUCCACUGCUUCCGAUAUACAAGAAGCCGCUUCCUCCAUCAGUUCCUGUGUACAAGAAGCCGCUUCCUCCUCCAGCUCCAAAGUGCGAGGGGCCGCUUCCUCCUCCGGUUCCCAUAUACAAGGAGCCACUUCCUCCUCCGGUUCCCAUUUACAAGGAGCCACUUCCUCCUCCGGUACCUAUCUUCAAGAAACCACUUCCUCCACCAGUUCGCAUUUACAAGAAACCACUUCCUCAUCCGGUACCUAUGUUUAAGAAGCCGCUUCCUCCACUGAUUCCCAUAUACAAGAAGCCGCUUCCUCCAUCAGUUCCUGUGUACAAGAAGCCGCUUCCUCCUCCAGCUCCAAAGUACGAGGAGCCGCUUCCACCUCCAGCUCCUAAGAAGCAAUUUCCUCCACCAAUUCCAAUAUACAAAAAGCCGCUUCCUCCAUCAAUUCCUAUAUACAAGAAGCCACUUCCUCCACCGGUUCCUAUAUUCAAGAAGCCGCUACCAACACCUGUCCCUGUUUCAAAAAAACCGCUUCCACCACCCAUUCCAAUUGUCAAGCCAAAACCACCAAUUUUCAAGCCUCCUUCAAUUCCAAAGAUCUUUCCUCCACCCCUACCAAUAUUCAAAAAGCCACUUCCACCCCUUCCAAUCUACAAACCAAAGCCACCAAUAUUCUUUAAACCAUUUCCUCCAAUCCCAAAGAUCCCACCAUUUUUUAAGAAGCCAUGCCCACCCAUUCCUAAAGUCCAUCUUCUUCCUAAGCUUCCUCCCAUUCCCAAGCUGCAUCCUAAGUAUUUCCCCCACCCCAAAUUUGGAAAGUUACCUCCCUCGGCACCUUUUCCUCCUCUUCCUUAGGCUACAGCAGUGUUUGUCCCAGAUUUAAGGGAAAUGAUGUCGUUUUAUGUAAUGAAAAGCCAGUUUGAAAAUUUAUUGCUGCAAUAAAGCCUUCAAAGAGGAGAGAUGAUCCAAAUGAUUGAAGAGACAGAGAAAGGUGAAGGUUUAUUUAUUAAACGUUGAAGUUAGAGGCGUGUGACUCAAAAUGGAAAAAAGGGCUAGAAGUGUGUGGAUUAUUCUUGCUACAUCGUUAAUAGGGGACUUCUAUAGAGGUCCAAAUGCAUUUGACCAUUGUAAUAAUUUUAUUUUCCGUCUAGCUAGGAGUUAUUAAUCCUCCGGUUGUGUUUACUUAUAUUUGAUAUAUUUCUAUAAUUAAAUCACGUUCAGAUUGCAAA